UAUGGCGAAUAUUGAUGAUGUUGCUCGUCGACGAGAAAUCCGCAGAAGAAAAAUUCUUGAAAAUUCAGAAGCAAGAUGGCAGAAAAUUUUAGAUUAUGAAAGAAGUACAUCAAAAGGUAAUACCUUACCAUCUAAUAUGAUUCAAGAAAAAUGUAUGAAUAUCUCAGAUGAACAUGAACCUUCUCAAGAACAACCUUUCAAACUAUCUGAUCAAUUGUAUUCUGCUGAGAGAAGAAAUGGUUCAUCCAAAACUGACUUCAACCUGAUCUCAGAUGCUUCCUCUAAUCCCACAGAUUUAAAUAAACAAGUUCAGCAAGAAGACAGUGUUUCUCCAGAUAACUCAGAUUGGCCUAAAUCUUAUGUAGUUGCUACAUCAGAAGUACAUGCUGAUAGGACUAAUCUUUCAAGCAGUAACUGUAAGUCUUCUUUACCAUUUCUAAGUACUGGUAACCACACAUCUAAUGGAACACUGAGAAAAAGAAGUACUGCUUCUAAUGCAUUUCCCAAGAAAGUUUCAGAUGCAGAAAGUCGUAAUUACAGCCGUUCCAAAGCAGAUAGACGUCGUCGAAGUAGUUGCACUCAGCUAGUAUGGGACACACUUCAACUUUCCUCACUAAGUAUCUCAUCACUAAGGGCUCUCCUGAUGCUGAUAUUAGCAGGAAUUAUUUCUUUCUUGCUUUUGGCUUUCAGGAAUCUGCCUUUGUGUCAGUCUGUGUUUGUGCCAUUCACGCUGGUGGAAUUGAUGAUAUAUGUGUACUGCUACAUCAAAGGAAGUUUUAAGGCAGCUUCUAGGACAACCUCUGCGUCACUGAUUACAGCAGCACUAAUUCUUUGCGGUGUCUCAUCGUCUAUCAUCAGUAAGACAAGUAUAUGUCUAAAUAUACUCCAAGAUGUCAGCACAGACUUUGCAGUUUAUUUUUUUACAUUUCUUGUGAUGCAUGUGCUUUUUCUAGAUUGGCUGUGUUAGAGCAUUACUAUUUGGCUUUGCUGAGCUAAAUUGUGUAAAUUACAGUAUAGGGCUGGUAUGCUACCUUGCAACUUAUUAAAGUACCUGAAUUUGUGAUUUAGCAAUCAGAUGUGUGUUGUAUGAAAGUGUGGUGAGAAAGGUACGACAGACAUAAAGAUUACAAAACUGGUAAUAUGUGUGUCAAAUGUUCUACAAAAUUUAAUAGGACUGAACCUUCAUUUAAAAAAUUGUAGGAUAAACUUUAUAAAAUUAAUAAGUAUAUAAAAGUUUAGUAAGUCAUUACAUUUAGUCAGAUCUAACAAAGGUAUUAAAAGCUACACAAUGCCAGAUAGAGGCAUGUUUUACCUAAAAAAAGCCCUUAUUUUAAAAUAUCUUUAAAAAAACAUAAUUGUUAUACACUGAUAACUUAUUGGUGAUUAUAAAAUUGAUUUACAGGAGUCUGGUUCUCUUUGUGUAUUGGGCACUAGCUUCUUUUACUAUUUGCAUUGACAUUGUUAAUUUAGUGAUAAUGAACAGUAUAGAAAUGUGAUGAAUCAGUAAUUUACUUUAUUGUAGCCACAUGUGCAAAUAAGUUGACCAGUAACUCCAUGUGCAGGAAACUAGUCAUUUGCUGUAAUUUUUUUAGAUGUACUGUAGUGUUGAAUACCCAUCAACCAUAUUUAUAUUCACCACAUGUGGAUGUAUAGAGAAUGUAAUAAAAUAAAAAGAAAAAUAAUUUAAUCCAAAAAUAUAAUUUUACUUUCUUAACAAUAACUUUGAAUGGUACACAUUAUGAAUCCUUUACUUAUUUGGUUUAAGAUUAAAAGGGCAGCAAACAGUCAGUGGUAAACUAGUAUGUAAGAGCAGUAGUUCAGUUAGUUACCUGAGUGGUUCAUUUCUUUCAUGUCUAUGCUAUUAUGAAAAUCAAACUAACAGUUCUUUUCAUAAUGAAGAACCUACAUAUGAACUUACUACAGUUUAUUCUCUGCUCAUUUUAACCACCUUUUCCACAAAAUUCACAGUUCAAAUAUUCCACCAAGAGUCAGCUUGUUCUUGUUUAUUUAUAUUUCAUCCAGAACUGGUCUAAUUGCAGAUAACCAAAAAACUCAGCUACAACUGCAGAAUACAUUGUGUUUAGAUUGAUAAGGCCAUAAGAUGGAGAAAAAAAUGGUGGUGGCAGUUCAAAUGUCAGAAGUAUAAAAUAUUAUUUUUAGAUAAUAGACAAAAUCUAUUGUUUUGUGUGUAUUCUUCCAUUUGUAAGCGUGGACAUUUAUUUUUGUUGAUGAAAAAAUUAAUAAUGGUAUUUGCCACUGCAUAUUUUGAAUCAGUUUUACAUUUGAAAUGAUGAUCUGAAGAGAAAAAAAAAAGAAAUUCAGUCUCAUAAACACACUUUGAAAUUACCUUUUGUGAUGUGUUAUUCAUCACCAAAAUAUUUCAUUUUAAAAUGUUUUUCAGUUAUUGAUUAACAGUAUUUACAUAAUGUGAGUGUAAGGCAUUGAUUUCUACUUAUGAAUAGGAAUGGUUCACAGAUAAUUAUUAAAUUUCAUUUUGGAGACUUGGGAAAGGUGCACAAAAAUGCACUCAGUAGUGCCGGUUUAUGAAACACCAAUGUUGCAUUCUGAAUCAACUUCAAACCUGAUGUGGUACUGUAUGUAAUUUGAAAUCCAGCCUUUCUAUGGGUAUUAUAUUUGUAAUAAAUACCCAGUACGUGUGAUUAAAUCAAAACUUGAGGUUAAAUAUUCUGACUAGUCAGUGGUAAUAUUUCUAAAAUACAAGGUAUUAAGUUUCAUCAGCUGCAAAGGAUAAUCGUAAUGUCUGAUUCAUUAUUACGCAGUUAUGUUGUGCUGAAGGAUAUAUUUAGUUUGCUGUUUCAAGAAAAUUUUUAAAAUAGUAAUAAACUCUUACAUGGUGGAUUAAGAGUUAGAUGAAGGGUCCUGACAGAAAAGUUCAGAUCAAUACCCAUAAUGACCUAGGGCUCAAAGCAUGCAGAUUUUAGGUAAUGUUCAUCAAUGAGUUAUACUAUUGGUUUAGACCAUCCCUUGAUAAAACAGUUUUGAUCCUGUCUUUCAAAUACACCAAUAUUGCUUGCCUGUAAUUUAGAUAUAUACAAUGGUGCAUGUACACAUAUGACUGACUUACCCCUAUUCAAGUAUUAGAUAUAAUCUGACUUUAGGUAGUAGCAAUUUAUACUCCUGCUGGUGUUUUAAUAUAAAUAUGACUAAGGAUUACUCGGACAACAGUGAAUGAAAUGUAUGGAAUGCUUGUGUGUAUGUUAUGAUGAAUAUAACAACUUUUCCAUCUUCUCUAUGCUUGUACAGCUCUAUUAGUGUAAAUAUUACGUCUUAUUAGACUUCUGCUGAUGACAACUUUUUCUGAAGAUUUGAUAGCCUAAGAUCUCUCUUAAAUGUGUAUUCAAAGUAAAUACCACAUUUUUUUCCUUGUUAGCUUUGUGCUUGUCUGUUUAAACCCACACUGUUGUAAAGUGUUGUACGUCUGUACUUUAUCUGUUAUCAGAAGAUUUUACAUGUACCAAGUUGAAAUAAUGAUUAAUGGAACUGUGGGGUGGGGAAUAUAUAUAUAUAUGUACACACAGAAGUUUAGAAAGUAUUAUUCAAACUAAAUCUUUCUACAGUUUUUGUUUUUAUAGAAAAAAUUUGGGAAUCUUGAUAAGUUGGAAAACUGCAAGCUGUUAUGAUAAUUACUAAUUUGUGAAAUGCCAUACACUUCUGACUCAUUUACAAAAUAAAAAAAUUAACCUAUAUGGUGGUAUUAUGAAUAUCUGAGACAAUCGAAUUUUCUUCUCAUAGUUUUAGCAUUGACCUAAAAAUUAUCAUUUUCUAGGUGUUUGAUUUAUAUAAGAUUAUUGUGGAGAUCUUGUUCAAAGAAAAUUUUAACACAUUAAUAGUGUAACAAAUGUUUCAAAAUACCAUAAAGGGUUUUCAAAGUAGAUUUUUUUCAUUCUUUUUUUUUUGUCCAAUACCUUGAUGAGGAUGGUGAAUCCAAUGAAACUUAGCAGCAAGAGAUAAAAAAAUCAGAUCUUAGUAUUUCCUUUCCUUAAACUUAAUAGGAUAAUACAGUUAUUUGUUUUUAUUUCCUUUUGCAUGCUGCAUAAAAAUGAACUGUGGUUCAUAUGUAUUAUUGAACAACAUAAUGUAAGAACAAUUUGAAAUACCUUUUUUUACCGGCUUUAGUGGAUUAUUAAUUUAACAGAAGUUGAGUUAGUAUAGAUGUUCCAAGUGUUACUAGCAGUUUUGAAAAUAGUACCUUUAGAAAAACACAGUUUAUGCAUAUUUCAGAAUGUAAUAAUGAGUUUGUCUUUAACAUGACAGAAUUGGGUUUCAUAAUCAUUUAAUUUAAGCAGAAUCCAAAUAAAAGAAAAUAUUAUUGUGGGGAAUAUAAUUAUUUCCAUAAAAUAAUGAUUGAUAAAUACAUUGGGGGAUAAAAAUCCUAGGAUUGGUCAAAGUUUGAUAGGAUUACUUUAAUCUGUUUUCAUAAACUGCUUAUUUACCAAGAACAAUAUCAAAUACAAUCAGCUAUAUCAUCUCAACCCGUAAAAUAAGCUUAGAUAAACCCAUAACUGAAGAAUUGGUUAUGUAAGUUUCUAAACGUAUUUAGUGUAUUUUGUAGUUUGAUUAACACCAAAUUCUUACUUAAAUUUUUUUACACAAGUACAUUUGUAAAGAGUUAUAUACUGCUUUAGUUUUGGAAUUUUUGUUUGUUUAAAAUACAAAAUUACUAAUUGGACAUAGUCCUGAAGAACAAACAUACUCUUAUCUCCUGUUGAAAACCACAGACUUUUAAUUUAUCACUUUCAAUAGAUGCUGGUAGGUUUAUCCUAGAACCAUACUAAAUCAUUCUAGUUCUUUUCUUUUUUUGGCAUGUAUAAUAUAAUUAUUAUUUCCAGUUGAUUCAAACAUCUGAAUAAGAAAAUGUUUUUGGUAUAUAUUUAAAAAUAUCUAUAUGCUAUGUGUUGGGAAAAGAAGACUUAAAAACUGUGUUUAAGAAUCCUUUAAAUAAUACAUAUUACAAGUUUUAAUGAAAUGAAACAAGAUUUUGCAAGCAGAAAUAUAUUAUUUUUGACAUAUCUUUCUGAGAGUUUAAUAUGAUCAUUUGAUUGAAAUGAAGACUUAAACUUAAUCAGAGUCAAGAAUAAGAACCCAUGUAUAUGAUUUACUACAAUAGGAAUGUUAUGAAUUAAAAACCACCCUGUCAUUAUCAGAACUAGUAAAUUCUUAUUGUGGUUAUAUUAAUUUGGAGACCAUAAAUACCAGUAUGUAGUGGUGUUAUUUAGCAGUCUCUGUAUUAACCUAUUUCAUUAUGAUACUCAUUUUCGUGUCAUUAAAGUUAUAGACUAUUGUGUUUGUGAAAUCAGAAGCUGGUUUUAAAUUGCUAUCACUUCAAUUCUUAUCUUCUUAGCCUCCACUUUAAAGGUUAAUUGAAAAAAAUAUUAGAAAGCCUUUACCAGGUUUGAAUAUAAUUUGCACACACAGUGAUAAUUUAGUCCCCAACUCAGUGAGUAAAGAUAGUGUUUUAAGAAAAUAUUACUAUUGAGACAGUUGGAAAGUGUGGUAGUUGCUUAAUAAAUUUUUGUUGACUAGAAUUUAGAAUGUUUGUUGAGGUAAUAAUUUUGAAAUUAACUUCAUACUUUAUGUGAAAACAAAAUUGUGUUAUGCAUUAGUUCUUAAAUGUGUUCAGAGUAAGUUUUGGUAAGCAUUUUCUUUGUUUCCUGAUGAAAUGCAAACAUGUAAAAUUAUAAAAUUGGUAAAUAAAGUUAUUUGCAUAGCUCAGGUAA